AUGUAUCGACCCGUUGAAAAACGUAUAUCUUGCAAGCGAUGUCAGACUCGUAAGAUAAAAUGCUCUCGAACGACACCCUGCCGUAGCUGUUCCAUCGCCGGAGUCCAAUGUGAAUUCCGCGCCGAUGACUGGAAACGGGCGCCAAUCUCACACGAGUACGUGGCUGCUCUUGAGGGUAGGAUAGCUGCAUUGGAAUCAUUGCUUUCGAGCAUCAAGACUUCGACUGGUCAUGAGCGAGACUCUAUUAUUGACGGCAUUGAUCUCGUCGAUCAUCUGCCUUCAGCUGCAAACACGUCUCGUUCGACCAGCGGAUUCAAUGAUCCUGCGGGUGAUAGACCGAAGGGUUAUUGGAAUCUUGGCGAAAAUGGAACGCCCAUUUUUCAUGGCCCCGGUAGUGUGUACAUCACAGGUCUCCUUCGAUCCUACAAGUCGUCAAGUAGACUGUCACCUCGAUCGCCUUCUCUCGAGAAAAUUACCAGUAUUCCUGGGACUGUGGUCAAAGAAUGUGUCGCUCUUUUCUUCCGAUGGCAGCACCCUUAUUGCACAAUCAUCGAUCGACAUGCAUUUUUGUCGGAAUUUUCAAGCAGUCCAAGAACUGGUGAAUAUUGUUCACCGGCUCUUUUGUACGCUGUCUGCGCUUUGGGAGCGGGAAUGUCUCAGGAUCAGAACAUUAAAGAGCUCGCAGAACCAUUCUCAGAGUCGGCCGAAGAAGCCGUCUUGGCGAAAUCCUUCUGGCUCUCUCAUAUCGCAACAUCUCAAGCGUUGUUGCUCUGCUCAAUUUUCGAAACUGGAAGAGGUAAUGUAUCAAAAGCCUGGAUGUACUCAGGAAUGGCAUUUCGAAUGGCACAAGACCUAGGUAUCCACGAAGAUGAUCAACCGCCCUUUUGGCAAGGCGCUCAGAGUACGCCGUUCGAUGACUUAGAGUCGCGGCGGCGUAUGUCUCUCACAUAUGCUAUUUCCGAUAAAAUGUUAAGCUUAUUCUUCGGGCGAUCGCCCAUGAUGGAUGAAUGUGAACCCCACUCGCACACCACAUGCCCCGUAUCUUCAGUAUCGAGCUCCGCAAAAGUAACAGGACCCGAUGAAUUACUCUCAUUCCAUCUCUGGGAAAGGUGGGUCAGCCAACAAAGCGCAAAUAACUUGGAAGACCUAGAUGUAUCCCCGGUCUCGACACUCCUGUUGACCAAACAAGCUGAACUGGGAAGCAUCAUUAAGGAAAUCCAGUUACGGGUACAUUCCGCUAACCGAAAGUCGCACCGUGGAUCCGAAUUUUGGCUUGAAGCGUUAUACAACAAGAUGAAUGCUCGGCUCUGGAGCUGGCAUAACUCUUUGCCCGGAGAGAUGCGAUGGAGUAGAUGGGGCUCCAACCUCGAGGAAGUGAACCCUAGUAUCGCCACCCUUCACAUGCUAUAUCAUACUGCACGGAUUAGUCUGAACCGGCCGCUUAUAUGCAAAAAUAGGCUGAAAGCCUCAUCAGAGACGUCAAAGCUUACCUCUGAUGCUUUUGAGAUUUGCGACACUUCUGUCUGGACAAUCGUCGGGAUUCUGCGCCGCUUCAGCACCCAAUAUACGCUGAAGAAUGCACCCUUGAUUUUUGUUCAUGGUGCUGUCACGGCAAUCGACGUGGCCCUGGCGAUGGGUUCGUGUUCACAGAAGGAUCCUGAAGGCCGUCCGAAUAUGAAAGACACGAUAUUACCUGCCAUCGAUGCGGCGCUCGGUGAAUUGUCUCAUGCCUGGACGAUUGCCAAUGAUGCGAGAAACAACUUGCAAAAUCUCCUACGCAAUUUGCAACUUGAAAAGCAAACAAAAAGUGAGAAAUACACAAAUACCUCCCCAAGUUAUACCGGCUUUUGUCCUGAUUUCUUCGACCUCCAUAUUACAGACCUUGGAGCAGCAGUUACACCGGGUGUGCAUUGCAUGCAGCAGAAGCCAGCAACCGUACAAGCCCCUGAUUCCCUCUACCUAAACAUGUUAGGGAACAAUAAUCUUAGUGUCGAUUACUCAACUGUGUUUCAAUAUGGGGAUGAUUCCGACAGCAACUUCUGGAGCUCGUUGGCUACCAGCGAGGAUGGAACACCGUCAUCGUGGACUGGUUCUCAGGACUCAAUGUCAUAUUUGUACGGCGCUUGA